GGCAACUUCGGUGAUGUCUACCGUGGAGUUUACAACGGACAGGUUGUGGCAGUAAAACUAUGCCGGGCUGACUGGACCGAGGUAGACGGUCGACGCAAAUUCCUUCAAGGUGAGACGACAGCACUACAUUUUGCACAUCCGAACGUCGUCCGGCUUGUUGGUAUUGCGGUUCGCACACACCCUGUCAUGAUUGUCAUGGAGUAUGUCGCUGCAAUUUGGGAUUAUUAG